AUGGCAAUACUCUUGAUACACUUGCGCCGCAUUCUGCUUCUGGUCACGGUCGUCUAUCUGGUCGGGGAGUUCGUGCGGAAGCUGCUGUACGGCGGUACGGCGGCCGUACUGCGCUCUUCGCGUUCCGUCAGCGGUUUCCUGUUUGCCAAACGGCUUCACCUGCAGCCCUGGUUCUACAUCUACACGGUUUAUCUGUACGCGCUGCUCCAGAACGGGCCCGGCUUUAAUCAGCUGAAUCUGUUCGAUAACUUCUUCCGAUAA